GCUGACCAGAUGGUGAUCCACUAGAGGGGACUGACAGACCCCAAGGCACUUGGGCCAUUCCCAAACUUCUUUGAGAUCAUCGCUCCAAACCCCACCAGCAUGGUCCAUGGUUGGCUAUAACAUUGCCUUGACUUUCCCCACCUCUCUCAGCACACACUGAGCCAUCCUUUUGACACUUGUCCUAUAAGAGAAAGGAGCCAAGUGCCUCCCUGGGGAGAAUGUACUGUCCGGGAGCAAAGAAAAUGGGAGCGGAGGCUGCUGUGUCUAUUCCCUGGACAAGUUGGAAGAGGGGGAAUUCCUUAGGGAGGUGGAGAGGGGACGUGGCUUGGCUCCUUAGAGAAAAGGGGUGGGGAUGCAAGAGACUAGUAUAGAUGCAUCAUCUCCCUUAUUUUUAAUUGGGGGUAAGGGGGUGGUACACAGACCUGAAGAGAAACUGAGGAAGGGGAGAGGGCCACCCAGGAGUGAGUAGGAGGGUUUCUGGGUUACAUCAAUUGAGUUGUCUGUCUGCUUGGGGUAUUUACUAUGCAAAUCAUGGCACCCUGACAGCCAAAGAGAGAAGGGAUUGGCUGGAGUGCACUGGAGGGGGUGGCUCCUCUUCCUCCAUAACUUUAAGUAGGGGCCAGAAAGGUUAGAUAAGAUGCUCUGAAGAAGCGCACGUUCCCAGUGUUUGCUGCAUUUCAUCAUGCCACAGACCCUCAAGCUGGCGACAAAGGUGUUGCGACUUACUCGCUUGAUUCCAGAACUGGGUGUAAAGCUGGGCUUUAAGGGCAGGGAGAGAAUCCCCUCAGCCUUGACAGACCUUCCUGGCCCUUCUACCCUCAGCUUCCUAGCAGAACUUUUCUGCAAAGGGGGGCUGUCUCGUCUACAUGAGCUGCAGGUGCAAGAUUCUGCCCGCUUUGGCCCCGUGUGGUUCGCCAGCUUCGGACCGGUGCAGACGGUCUAUGUGGCAGCUCCUGCCCUGAUCGAGCAGGUGCUCAGACAGGAGGGUCCCCACCCUGAGCGCUGCAGCUUCUCACCUUGGGCGGAGCACCGGCGACGUUGCCACCGGGCCUGUGGACUGCUCACAGCUGAAGGAGACGAAUGGCAGAGGCUCCGAAGCCUCCUGGCCCCCCUCCUGCUCCUGCCCCGAGCCUCCGCUGACUAUGCAGAGACCGUGGACAGUGUGGUCUGCGACCUGGUGCGCCUGCUACGCAGACAGAAGGGUCGUCUAGGAGGAUCAUCCGACCUCGUACGAGAUGUGGCUGGAGAAUUCUACAAGUUCGGCCUGGAAGGCAUUGGGGCCGUACUCCUGGGCUCCCGGCUAGGAUGUCUGGAGCCUGAAGUACCCCCAGAAACGGAGACCUUCAUUCGUGCAGUGGGCUCCGUGUUUGUGUCCACACUACUGACCAUGGCGAUGCCAAACUGGCUGAACCGGCUCUUGCCCGGACCCUGGAACCGCCUGUGUCGAGACUGGGACCAAAUGUUUGCCUUCGCCGAGAAGCACAUGGAGCAGAGGGAGGCUGAGGCAGCUGCAAGACCCGUAAUGGAGCCUCGGAUUGCGCCUGUAUCUGCACCUCACUUGACCCGCUUCCUGUUCCAGAAAGAGCUGCCAUAUGCAUCUAUCCUUGGAAACAUCACUGAGUUACUGCUGGCUGGGGUGGAUACAGUGUCCAACACACUUUCUUGGGCUCUGUAUGAACUUGCACAUCACCCAGAAGUUCAGGCUGCACUCCAUGCCGAGAUCACCGGGGCCGUGGCUCCUGGGUGUUCUGCCCACCCCCCAGCCACUACCUUGGCCCAGCUGCCCCUGCUGAGAGCUGUAGUGAAGGAAGUGCUGAGACUAUACCCUGUGGUACCUGGAAAUUCCCGUGUCCCAGACAAAGAUAUUCGUGUAGGUGGUUAUAUCAUCCCCAGAAAUACCCUGGUCACUCUGUGUCACUAUUCCACGUCUCGAGACUCUGCCCAGUUCCCAGAACCAAAUGCAUUCCGCCCAGAAAGAUGGCUAGGGGGACAGUCAGCUCCCCAUCCUUUUGCCUCCCUUCCCUUUGGCUUUGGCAAACGCAGCUGUAUAGGAAAGCGCCUAGCAGAGCUUGAGCUAAACCUGGCUCUUGCCCAGAUCCUGAUGCACUUUGAAGUUAGGCCAGAGCCAGGUACUGGGAUCAUCAGGCCAAUGACUAGGACAGUCCUGGUGCCUGAGAGAAGCAUCAACCUGAAGUUUGUUGACCGUUAAUGAUGUGAUUUAUCUCCGUAUUUCCUCUCCCCCAUUCCUUGAUGUAAGAGGGUAAAUAGACACAAGUCUUUGAGGUGCCUGGAAAACCCUUUCUCCAUCCUCUCCAUGGGGAGGAAAGGUGCUUUUGUGCUGAAUUGGAGAAUGAUCAAAUCAAAGGCCCUGGGACAGACCUGGACAAAGGACGGGAAACUUCAUCUGUUGAGCAUGUACUAUGCAUUUGGUCUAGACCAGUGAGAAGGGUGGAAUAUUGUGGGCCCCAAGGAAACUUGUUAAUUUUAGCCUUAAGCCACAUGGAAUAAGGUCUCAGGUGCUCUAUGAUUCCAUCCCUUUCUAUCCAUGCUCUCUGAAACCCACUGAGCAUUGGUCAUGUAGGCACUUGUCCAUUGCCAGUUAAGCCUGGAACCUUGGGUCAAUCCCCACCCCAAGAUUUUUAUCAUAGAUCACUGCCAACCCAAAUCCUGCCCACUCUGUCUUUUUUUGUAUUGUGAUUCUUUAUACAUUUGUAAUAAUACACACACACACAUUCUCUCUCUCUCUCCUGCUAUCCUUUCUGGGUUUGCUCUCUGCUUUGCUUCCCACUCCUCCAGGUUUAGGGCUGGUAAUUCUGAAUCUUCCCACCUGCAUUGGUUUCUCUGGCACUGGAAGUGACCUGAUGAACACUGGGUGGUCUGAGCACCUGGAAGAGUUUGUUACAUCACUGACCCAGGCAUGUUACUUACUGUCUGCCAUGGGAAGCAGCCAAGUCUGGCUUCCUACAAAAAUAAAUAAAUAAAAAUAAAAGAGCAGGAGGGCCUGAAGAAUCAGGCUUCUAACCAAUGGGUUAGACAAAUCAAAGAGGAAGAGAAUUGCAGGUUUGAAUAAAAGUGUUAGGACACCACAGAGAUGAACAGAGGGUGUUGAGUAGUUUCCAAAGGGGGAGACCUUUGGAAAUAGGAUGGUCAAGGCCAAAGGCUCUUUACAGAGUAACUCUCCAAGUCUCUGAGAUUAUUAUUUUGAAAUAAUCUCCUUCACAGGGCUGACAGAGAUCAAAGUAUAGAUGGAAAUUGAGAAUGAUGGAAGGAAUGACAGGAAAAAAGACAGAUACAUUCAUUCAUUUGCACAGAGAUGAUGUAUACUGAGUAUGGGGCCAAGCAGAAACCCUCAGGCACUGAUACAGGAGGGGUAAAGGCUGAUUAGGCAGAAGGAAUCUCUAAUUCUUUGACUCAGUAUGCCCCCCAGCCCCUCAGAUUCUGGGCACAAUUCUCCCCCUUAUGAUUUAAAUAUGAAUUAACUCAUCUUUCUUCUGCAAUAAAUCUGUCAGUAAUCUCUACCUGGUUCUACCCUGCCCCCCCUAAAAUAGCCCAGGUAACCAACCCAGUCAGGACUUGCCCACUUUCUUACCACCACCACCCCAAUUAUCAGAGUAUGGAUCAAGUUUCACUAUCAUACUUCCUCAUCUCCCUUUCUUCAGCCUAGCCAAAGAAAACCCCAAUAGCCAUAGCUCAGUGGGAGACAGAAGGAUCUCUCUUAUCCCAGGCUUUCUGAGAGAGGAUAUCCAUACAAAGUCUAUACAAAUCCAGGACUUACAAGCUCUCUGCAUCAUUGCGCAGGAACAAAGAUGUGUGUAUAUUAAAUAACACUGUACCCACCCCUAUGACUAUUCUUUUUAGAUUCAAAAGCCUGUGUAUGUCAGGACCUUGAUCAGACCACAGACCACUUGUGACUCUAGGUUCAGGGUUUUCUCUUCCCUGCCCCCCCCCCAGGUUCAAGUUAACCUAAACCCAAUUUCUCAUCCCCCAACUCUAGAUCUGGAGAGAUGCGAGUUCAUCCUUAAACCCUCCUGCCCUUCAGCCUGUUGCAGGAUUACCCAAAAUAGCACUCAAUGGCCCUUCCUAGAGGAACAAUAAUUUCAAAAAAUACCCUAAUCUAGACGGGGACCCCCUAAAUUGGAAAAGGGAAUUGUUCUGCCUUCCACCACCAGCCCCCAUUGCCUAGUCUCACCCUCAGCCACUCUACUGAGGCCUUUUCUCAGAAACAAGAGGAAAGGAAAAGGCACUGACGCAUUUGGCCCAGACUCAGGCCCUGAAGGGCAGUAUGUACGUAAGUACUUGUAUGUGAUUGAGCCUCAAUGUGGGGCCCUUACUCACUGGGAGAGGGCCUGGAGGUGGAAAGGGUUUGGCAAAUACAUCCCCAAACCCUUAUGUCUUUGUCUGAGCAUGUCAGCAAAUGUGUAAGUGCUAGUGGUCACUGUCUGGAAAAACAGCUGCCUUGUGGAUGGUAAAGUAAGAGACGAAGGAGUGCAAGUGCUCACUCUCCAGGAAGGCAGAAUUGCCCAUUAUUAGGAAGGGAGCUUUGCCUUAGCCCUCUCCCCACUCUGGCCUGACUUUAGGGAUGGGACAAAGAAGGUAAGGGUCUAAGGGAGCUAGUGACUGGGAAAAUAAGUAGUGUGGGCAGGAGGGCAGGAUGUCUGCAUCCCCAAAUAACUGAGAAUAAAAGGCAAACACUUUUCUCCCACCCAGCUCCCAACUAUCCCACUCCCACCCUCUAGCUAGUCUACAGAACAGCACCAUGGACAGCACCUAGGUUGGAGCUGGGAGAGGAAGGGGGAUCUUCUAAGCUGAAGUCUCAGCUGACCACUAAGAGGUAUGGGAAACUAAUUGUGGUCAAUGAAGAAGCAUUUCCCCCCAAACAACCCUUUGGAGGAGGCUCAGGCCUUCCCUAGAGGAAAGACUAACAAUAAUAGGAAAGGAAUGAUUUCAACCCUUUAAACUCCUGAGUCCAUUAUGUAACCUGAAUAUUCUCAUUGCUGAUGAAUAAUUCACUUAGCACCACAGCAUAGACCUGAGGGCACACAAUCCCAGGGCCUCCUGAAUGAGGAAUGACCAGGUCUGGUGUUGGUGAAUAUUUAGGACCAGUCUAUAACUGCUACCAGAUACCACUCCAACACUAUCCUCAGGCAAUAUCCUCUCACAAAUGGUCAAUAAUGCACAUGUAGACCCCUUGGGGAGGAGGGGGCACAAUUUGAUAAAAUUUAUAGUAAAAGAACAAUAUAAAACCU